GAGCAAAACAUGUUUGACGGGUGCAUAUAUCAGUUCAUUGCUGUUAUGGAAAGCUAAUCUUGGUGAAAGGAAGUAGACCUGUGUGAAUUGGGUCCCAUACAUUGAGGAUUUCAAGUUAUUUCUCAGAAUAUUACAUAGGGUUUUUAUGAUGCAAGCUUCAGUGAAUUUGACAAAUGUCUGAUUGAAUAUGGGAAAAAAAUUGUGAUUCCUUUUUCAUGUGCUCGAUCAAAACCCUUUUUGCUGAUAAUUGUACAAGGAAAAUAAAUUCUCCGGAAGAUGGAGAUUUCCGUAAGGCCUGAGGCGGGAGAGUUACCACAGAAGACAGUGCCACCUCAGAACGGCACAACAUCACAACAUAGAGAGCGAGACACCCCGGUGCCUGCCACCAAGUUAUGGACGACCGACAGGUCCGAGCCAGUCAAGCUGAGGAUGGGGACUGGGAAAGGCCCAGAUACAUUCCCACCAAUUACAGUCCCGACAGCCUUUGAACGGACUGUCCAAAAGAUGCCCAACCAGCCUGCCCUUGGUGUUAAGCGAGAUGGACAGUGGAAGAAAUGGACAUACCAGCAGUACUACACAGAUGUACAACGGGCAGCCAAAUCAUUCAUCAAGCUUGGUCUGCAGCCUUUCCAUGGUGUUGGGAUCCUGGGAUUCAAUGCUCCAGAAUGGCACAUAUCCUACUUGGCAAGCAUAUACGCUGGUGGUUUGGGUACCGGUAUUUAUGCCACGAACACUGCAGAAGCUUGUCAGUACGUGCUGGAGGAUUCGGAAAGUAACAUAGUUGUGGUGGAAAACAAUGCACAGCUGCAGAAAAUCCUAGCGGUUUGGGAUAAGCUUCCUCACCUGAAGGCCAUUAUACAAUAUACAGGGGAGGUGGCCGUCCGCAAGGAAAACAUAUACACGUGGGAUGAGUUUAUGAAGUUAUCCAAUGACGUACCCAACUCAGUCGUAAAUGAACGCCUCAGUAACUUGGCACCAAACCAUUGUUGUACAUUGAUAUACACGUCAGGGACCACAGGAAACCCCAAGGGAGUCAUGCAAAGUCAUGACAGUCUGACAUUCUUGUGCGUGAACGGAAUGGCCGUUUACAAACUAAAAAUCGGAGAGGAAGUGAUUGUGAGUUAUCUGCCCCUGAGCCACAGUGCGGGUCUGAUGAUGGAUAUCCACAUGCCCUAUUUCAUUGGUGCUAUGGUCUAUUUUGCACAGCCAGAUGCUCUGAAGGGGACUCUGAAGAACACACUGGUUGAGUGUCGUCCCACCAUGUUCCUGGGAGUCCCGAGGGUCUGGGAGAAAUUCGCCGAGAAGAUGCAGGAAGCUGCUAGAUCUGUCACUGGAAUAAAAAGGACGAUUGGUGUCAAGGCCAAAAAGAUCGGAUUGAAAGGAGUCUACGCCUCAAUGAGACAUGAACACAAGCCUAGAGGCUGGACUGUUGCGCAGGCUUUUCUGUUCAACAAGGUUAAAAAGAGCCUCGGUCUGGACCGCUGUCAUCUUCAUGUCACCGGAGCUGCCCCUAUUACCAAGGAAACCAUAGAAUACUUCUACUGUUUCAAUAUCAACAUCAUUUCUGUCUAUGGCAUGAGUGAAUGUGGAGGUCCUCACACUUCGGAGACGCCAGAAAAGUUUAAAAUUGGGAGUGUUGGGUGUGAAAUUCCAGGGGUCACCACCAAGUUGGCGGAGACAGAAACACCAGAGAGGGACGGCAGUGGGGAGGUAUGUAUGUGGGGUCGCAACUUAUUCAUGGGCUACCUCAAUAACGAUGAGAAGACAAAAGAAGCCAUUGAUGACGAGGGCUGGCUUCGCUCGGGUGACAUUGGUAAAAAAGAUGACAACGGUUUUCUGUACAUCACGGGCAGAAUAAAAGAAUUACUGAUUACAGCAGGUGGGGAGAAUAUAGCUCCAGUCCCUGUUGAGGACAACGUGAAGGAGGAACUGCCGGUGGUUUCUAACUGCAUGCUAAUCGGGGACAAAAUGAAGUUCCUCAGCAUGUUGAUCACAUUGAAGGUUGAGGUGGACAUAGAGACUGGAGAACCAACGGACCAGCUGACCCCUGAGGUACAAGAUUGGUGUAAAUCCUUCGACUGUAAUUACACAACACUGUCUGAGGUCCUGGAACAACGAAAUCCUCAGCUCUUCAAGGCCAUACAGACGGGGAUAGACAAGGCCAACAAUCGGGCAGUUUCCCGUGCAACGAAAGUACAGAAAUGGUCAAUAUUACCUCGUGACUUCUCAAUCCCAGGUGGCGAGUUAGGCCCCACCCUGAAGCUGAGACGACCAAUCGUUGUGAAGAUGUACGACAAAACGAUAAAAGCUUUUUAUGCAGACACUUGAUUUACAUAAAAGGGUGGGGGA